GUAGGAUAAAGCAAAAGAGCAGGUCUUUCUCAUACACGGAUCCCCAUGGAAUGCGGGAAGGAUGCCUAACAUAGCUUCCUGCAACACAUUCUUUUUGUUUAUUUUAAAGGAACCUGCUUUCUUCCCUUUAGAAUACUGUCCAAAGAGACAAACAUAUAUACGGACCUCUAACAGAGCCAGCCCCAGAGAGAGAGGGGGGGACAGAGCAUUUGGAUUCAGUUGCUCUCAGGAGUUAGAUUUCAUCAUUUGGAUGGUUAGAUUUGGUUUGGUCGCUUCUGCUACAAUCAAGAGAUAUAUAUCUUAACCAAAAAAAAAAAAUCCUCGUUCCAAAUGGAGGGAAAGCUAGAGAGCAGAGAAAAUAUAUUUCCCCAUGAUUGAGUUGCCUAGCCUUAAGACCAGCUUGGCUAGAAUAUCUAUUAUCUAAUAAUAGGUGAACAAGUGAGACAGAGAAAGAUGAAGUCCGCGGAGAAUGAUGACACCCAUGGUCAUGAAAACAACUGGUUGGGUUUCUCUCUCUCCCCUCACAUGAAUCUAGAUGUUCCUUCCCACUGUAAUGAUCAACAAGGCAAACAAGUUACACGGCCUUCCUCUGCCGCUGCAGAUGCAGUUCCGGCGAGCUUCUAUCACUCCAUGCCCCUUCCUCCUAAUUAUGGCAUUUAUUAUGGUGCUCUUGAAGGUGAAAAUGCCGCCUUCUAUUCAUCUCUUCCUGUCAUGCCCCUGAAAUCUGACGGCUCUCUCUAUCUAAUGCAGUCACAACCUCAAGGAAUGGUAUCGACUUCAGCCCCGAAACUCGAGAAUUUCUUGGGCAGCUCAACAAUGGGGACCUUGAGCUUAGACAGCAUGACUUUCGCCAACCAAUCCUCACGCCGAGAACUCAACAACCCAAACUAUGUAAACCGCGUCGAACAAGGCCAAGACGUUCAGGUUCAGCCUUUCGCAACAUACUAUUCUGGCUUCACAAGUCAAGAAAUGAUGUUAGAAGGGCCCAAACAAAAUGAGGUUUCAGACUGUAAUGUCCAGGUCCCAAGUAUUGCAGAGGAGGGAGUUUCUGGAAUGAAGGGCUGGGGCAUGAGAAUCAACCCAGCUGGUCAUGCAUCGGAGUCAGAGAUGAUGGUUAGCGUAGAGGAUAACAAUGGUGGCGAGUCUGGAUCCAUUGGAUCAAUGGCGUAUGGCGAUUUGCAGUCACUGAGCUUGUCCAUGAGCUCUGGCUCACAAUCAAGCUGUGUCACAAGUUCACAGAGAGCAUCGCCUUCUGUCAUUGAUUCUGUUGGCGUGGAUACAAAGAAAAGAGGACCUGAAAAGUUUGACCAGAAGCAAAUUAUUCACAGGAAAUCCAUAGAUACCUUUGGCCAAAGAACCUCCCAAUACAGAGGUGUAACAAGACAUAGAUGGACUGGUAGAUACGAAGCUCAUCUUUGGGACAACAGUUGCAAGAAAGAGGGUCAAAGCAGGAAAGGAAGGCAAGUUUAUCUAGGGGGUUAUGAUAUGGAAGAAAAAGCUGCGAGAGCUUAUGACCUGGCUGCACUCAAGUAUUGGGGACCCUCCACUCAUAUCAAUUUCCCAUUGGAAAAUUAUCAAAAUGAACUUGAGGAAAUGAAGAACAUGACCAGACAGGAAUACGUGGCUCACUUGCGGAGGAAAAGCAGCGGAUUCUCCAGAGGUGCUUCCAUGUACAGAGGAGUAACAAGACAUCAUCAACAUGGGCGGUGGCAAGCUCGAAUCGGCAGAGUGGCUGGAAACAAGGAUCUAUAUCUUGGAACCUUCAGUACCCAAGAGGAAGCAGCUGAGGCAUAUGACAUUGCUGCUAUAAAGUUCCGUGGAGUAAAUGCGGUGACCAACUUCGAUAUAACGAGAUAUGAUGUGGAAAGAAUCAUGGCUAGCAGUAACCUUCUUAGUGGCGAACUAGCCAGGCGGAACAAAGAGAUAGAUGGUGGCAACGAUCGGGCUAUCAUCCCUAUAGGUACAGCAUAUGUUGAAAACCAGGAUGCGAUUUCAAUGCGCAAGAGUUUCGAAGGCCAGUCAUCAGAGUGGAAGCCGGGAACGCAUAUGUUCAAUCGUUCUCAGUGGAUGACAGAACUUGACCAAAAUCCAGCAAGAAUUGAGACUUAUAGAACUCAGUCCUUCUCAGUGCCUUUAGAUAACAUGAUCCAUCAAGUAGAUGACCCGACCAAUAUGGGAACGCACGUCUCAAAUCCUUCAUCAUUAGUGUCAAGCUUGAGCAGCUCACGUAAAGUUAGCCCUGAUAAAACAAGCUUGCCAGUUCUCAGUGAAACGCCUUCGUUAGUGACAAGCUUGAGGCCUCCACUUUCAUUGCCUCAUGUGCCAGUUUUUGCUGCAUGGACAGAUGCUUGAUUAGUCCGGUUCUUUUUUAAAUUGAGAAGCAUUUUGCAUGAACAAUAUACACGAAGGAAGAUUCAGUGACCUUCUUGUAGGUGAAAUUAGUGGGGAAGGGCGUCUUAUUCACAGGUUUUGUUCUUACUUUAUAGCUUCCUCCGAUUAAAGAGUUACCAAAAUUUCAAAUCCUUCCUGCCAAAUUUUGUGGAAUUGUCAUUGAUGAAAAACGGCAAUGCUAUAGAAAACUCAUAUGACCAAAAAAAGGACAAAAUGAUUAAGGAAACAUGUGGACGCUCCUAA